UGUGGCAUUUUGAAGCUCUGACAAUCUGCUCCAAAUGUUUUCCAUAUUUGUUCAGCCUCCUUGAUUCAAAUACCAGGAACAACUCAGCCAGCACAAAGCAAAGCUUUGGGGGGCAAAAAACCUCACACCCCCAUCAGUGUGCGCACACACACACGCACGUGAAAACCUAAAGUUCAUCGGCAUGGGAAAGAAGGAGAAGAAACCCCAGCACAGCACGUCCCUGAAGGCACCUGAAGGGGAGAGAGGCACUGACUCGAGCAAGACGCAGGAGUCUGAGAUGAAGAAGAAGAAGCGGAAGAAAACCAAGGGGGAUCCCAAAGCUGGCCAGGAGGAGGAAUCCCAUACUUGUUGUGGCUGCCGUUUCCCACUGCUGUUUGCUUUGUUGCAGCUGGCAUUAGGCGUCUCUGUAACAGUGCUGGGCUUCCUUAUGGCAGGCAUCAGUUCUUCUCUGCUAGUCAGAGACACUCCAUAUUGGGCUGGGAUAAUUGUCUGUGUGGUGUCCUUAGUGGGAUUUGUUAUGCUUUGCAUUUCAUACCAACCUGAUGAGAAGACGUGUGUGCAGUUCACAGUAAAGUUGAUGUAUUUUCUCCUGAGCGCCGUGGGUCUGGUUGCCUGUGUUUUGGCAGUGGCUUUUGCUGCACACCAUUAUUUGCAGAUGACAAAAUUUACCUGCAACACCAUCUUUGAGUCCUGCCAGUGCAAACUGGACACUGAAGACCCCCUUGGUAGAACCUUCAUCUACCAGGAUGCAGCUGACUGUGACAGCCUCACUAGCAUGCUCAACCUGUACCUACUUCUGCAGAUGGCUCUCAAUCUGGUCACAGCCCUGGUGUGUCUAUCGGCAUGCUUCGUGAUGUGGAAGCAUAGAUACCAGGUCUUCUAUGUGGGAGUUCGGUUCUACUCUUUAACUGCUACUGAAGGCCAGAAACAGAAAGUGUAGUUCUGGGCUGGCAGGGGUUAGCCAAGGAAUGGAAAAUGUCAGCAUACUGCCACCAUAGACACCACAGAUGGAUGAGCAUUUACAAGGUUUUUGACAGGGAAAAGCAUUCACACAGUUUAAUGAAUACAUUUUUCAAUCAUUUUAAGAGCAUUUCAUAUGACUGCUCUUGCAAAAGGUCUCUUGUGAGAUGAUGUAGAGGUCACAAAGUCCUAAAAAUGCAGCUGUACAAAUACUCACCAAAGAGGAUCUUUAAUAGCCAUAGACAAAAUGAGAGCUUAAAAAAUCAUUGGGAACUCAUCUGCAGGGCUACAGCUGUUAAGAUAAAGGGUCCCUUUCCAUCCCUGGUAUCUGUCCUUGCCUUCAGAGAAGCUAUACCAAUUUUUAUGAGACAAGGAUCUGGUCCAAAGUGCUUAAUUAUAAUUAUGCUGAUCAUGCCUAGGGAAUAUAUUGUCUCUUGGAUGCUCUGGGCAUAACCCACACUAACCUAAUGAGGGCUUAACAUAUGGAAAAUUAAUAAGGGAGGUCAAGAUUCUUCAAAUGAAGGUUGAGACCAACAGCAAAGUGAAUAUAAACAACCGCCAUAUAAAAUAUAUGUAAGACUUUUCAGAGUGACUAAUGAUACAGGUUACCAAUUACUAAUAAACAACAAUAUGAGUGGGUUCACUAAUGGGAAUCUGGGGAUAUUUUUGAUCCCCAGACAGAUUCCUCCCCACUUUCAGAGAAAAGAUCAGUUAAGAAACCUUGAAUUGCACUCCCAAAGUGGAGGACCCUAAAUCACUAGUCACGUUGAAAACUAUGUUGACAUUGCUCUAAUUGCAAUCCCAGGUCCCAAACCCGGUGUCUAACCAGUUCCACCAAUUAUAUUCCAAGCACAAAAGGCCAAAUGCAUUUUUGGUGUAACUCCUCUGAAGACAAUCAGCCUUAUGAACCAGCAGUGGAGUUGGGCCAAAAGCCCUGAAAGAUAUAUCCCUGCAACAAUGAAUGUUUUUAAAAUGGGGUGGAGGGAGGGAAGCAAGAAGAGACUGCCAGUCUCCCAAAGACAUCAUUUAUAAUGAUGAAGGCAAAAGAACAGCUUUCUUAAUAUGCAGUAUAGAAUAACAAACCACAUUCAAGCAGUGCUUUUUCACUGUGAAAGUGUGGCUCUAGAAGUGCUUUAUGACUUACUAGCCUUAUACCAUGACAAGUAUGUUGGUUUGUCCCUUGAACUUACAUUUCUACUAGCACAGCAUGGACUUCCAAAUGUAGGAGCAAUUCCAAACUGGCAGCAUUUUGCACUGCCUGCUGAUAGAUAUCUGUGCAAGGGCAAGCCAGCUGGUGCUCACACCCUGCCAUAAAUAGGGAUUUCCCUAUCCUGGCCAGGACAUGGGUGUCUCUGAGGUGGGAUGGAGCAAUCACAUGCCUGAAAAACUGUGCCAUAAUCAUUAGCAAGGAGGAAGCAAAUAAAACUCCAAGAAGGCUUCAAAGAAGCAAAGCCUUUCUGUUUCUGCAGCAAAAAUAGCCACCAGGAAGUCAAAACCCCAGUCUGGCAAACAGCUAGUUGUCUAAGUAGUUCUAAUAUUACCCGAAAACUCUUCCUUAUGGUGAUCAUACAUCAUCCCAGGGCUAGACCAGUAUACCUGCAGGAUCAGAAAAUCUCAGUGUAGUUAGGUCUCCUAUGGUCCACCUGCAGCACUGCUCUGGGUAUGUACUCAAGUGUUUCUCAUGGAAUGCGUUUCUAGAGUAGACAUAGUGUCACCAGGGUGCUCUUUGCCAAGCUGCAAAGAGAGGAGCUUCAGAAAAUGAAGGAUUUUGAGACCAGCUUCCAAAUGGUCUUUUUUUUUAUGCACCUAAAAAUAGUAGUCACUAGUAAGCUUGACUGUGGGGCAAUUUGCUUGCAUACGUGUCACCACACACCCAACGUCCUAAGCCUGGCUCUCAGGCAUGCUUGGAGCAAGCUGAGAUAGCAGUGGAAGGUACAGGAAGGCUGGGGAUGUAAGACCCUGCUGUCAGCAUUGGCGGGGCCAUCUGUGUGGUGCCAGGAACCAGUCUGUCUCCUCAAAUCCAUUGGAGUGUGUUUGCAAGCAGCUCUUGUGGACCUGUACCACAGCCAGCCUUCUAUACGAGAUGGAUGCACAGGCGUGCCUCUUCACCUGCUACUUGUACUCAGAUGAUGGUUUGUCCCCCCAUUCCUCACAUGACUCCAGCUGUGAUCUCUGUGGAAGUGCACGGCAGAGGACAGAACUUCCUCCUACCUACAGGACCCUUGCUGUCCCUGCUUUUCCCUCCAGUCAAAAACGUGGUCUCGCCUCUGCAAAGAAGAUAACAAGAAGCAGGAAAGGAAUUGAGGGGAGGCUGAAUGACAGCUGAGCUUUGGCCCUUUCUCCCACCCUUGCCACCAGGCGCUGCCCCCUGACGGCUAGUGAAGCAAGAGGAAGGCUCUGCUGGCAGAGCAGGGUAUGUUUUCCACCCUGCCCUUUCCCAAAUAUCCCUGUUUAGAAGGUAACUUGGUGUGCAGGGCUCUAGGCUGUGCUGUCUGCAGGCUGGCAGCAGCAAGAUGUUGUGAGAAACAGCUGUCCUGGCUGGCCCUGGCUGAGUGGCAUUUCCACCAGAGCAGGCUUUUGUCUCCUUAAUCCUUUGACCUCCAUUUCACCCACGUUUUCACUCCCUGUCUCCCAACACCUCCAAAGUGCUGGGCUUCCAGAGGCCAGCUCUGUUAGAUGGGGCUGGGCUUGCAUUGCCUGGACUCUGCCUUACCCACUCCCGGGAUUAAACUUGCUGGGACUCCUCUAAAGCGUGAAAGACAUGGUGGUAAUGAUCUCAGAGUCCUGAAAAUGCCUCCAGUGAAGCAACAGGGAAAAGAUGGAAGAUCUGGAUAAGAGACCCUGCUCCACUGAGCAAGGUGCGCACCUUCACAGAAGUGCACCCUCCAAUUCCGGGGGCCGCCGUUGCUGACUUCGGUUCACUGAUCAGCGUGCUGCAGCUUAAACCUUUGCUCUGGAAGAAAACAAUAUUCAUCAUGUAUUCUGGUGGUGCUUUGCUGCUUAAUGAAUAAAUACGGAGCAUUUUGAUCUAGCAAAGACUAACUUCAGUAUUUCCUCUUUAUAUAUUCCAAGAGCAUAAAAUCCAAAGAGAAGACAUGGGGAAAUGGACAUGGUAGCGUUCUGAACUGUUUCCCCCCAGUUUUACACAUAUUUUGCUUGGAUCAAGAUUUUCAGAAAGUACUAAUUAAAGGUUUUUCACCAACCACAAUAUAUUCAGACAGCUCCCUGCCUUUUCCCAAUGUCAGAGUCCACAUGGACUGCACCAAGAGAAAGACUGGGACUAAAAGGCUUGGAAAGGCCAGAGCUGUUGAAUAAAAACACCUUUCUUUUUGGAAAUGUAUUCUCUGGGUGAAUUCCACAGAAAGGAGUAGGAUUAAACCGCUAUGGACACACAGAAUUUGUGAAGGGUUUGAUGUAAUUUACUCUCACAAACCCAGGUGGGAUUCUCAUUUGCACCCUGGUCACUUUACACUGUUUUCCCAGUGUAAAGGGGUUGUAAAGACAGCAUCAAUCAUUUUUACACCUACUUUAUGGCCAUUUUACACAGGUGAAGGGGCCCUUUGUGUAAAUGAGAACUCAAGCCCUAGAGAAUUUAAUAGAGAAGAGAUCCUAUCUAUAGACUGCACUAGACCCUCUAAUAGGGUCUAUUACUGGGAUAUAACUCUCUACUGAAUUUUAUAGCUUGACUUAAAGAUUGUCAGUCUUGAUUAAAUUCAGCUCUGCAGAACUUUUCCAAAGGUGACAUGCAUGCUCCUCCACCCCAAACACAUGCAGACAGUGAUGGUGUCACAUGAAUAACUGCUUGGUUUUUAAAAGGAGAAACAGCAGCUACCGCUUUCCUCUGGCUCUGACACAUUUUGAUGUUGUGCUAUGCAAAUACUGGAGCGACAAUAAUGGCAAUGAAAAGGGAACCGAGACACAGCACCUUACACAGAGCCAAAAUGUCACAUUCUCAACCACACCGAGGUGGCAGCCACUCCCGAUGGGGGGGCUGCAUGCUGUGCCCCUCUCCAUCCCCUGUUGCCGCUGGACAGACGUGCUGAUGGGCGAUGGGGAAGCACUGCUGGUCCUGACCCUGUGCUGGGGCAGCCACCAGCCCACUCCUCCCACCACCACCUUCACGUGAUGGCCAUCUGCACCUUGUCAGCCCUGUGUGGGCACCACUUGGAGCUUUGCCUAAAGAGCGGCUUUGCGCAACAGCGCUGGAAAUUGCAAUCAACUCACAGGGCUCAUUUUUACUCUCUUUCCUUUUUUUUUCUUCACUCUACCAGCCAGUGCAAUAUUUGCUUUAGGGGCCUUUCGAAACAGAAAGCACGCUGCUGGCGUGUGAGAGGAGCCAUGGUUCAGGUCCUCUAUAUUUAGAAAGCCAGGAUGGCAUGCGUCCUCUUGAAAUUUUCAUAGUCCCCUGCACCCCACCCACCCACCCUCCCACAUACUCCUGCUUGCGUCUGGAAAAUGCUUUUCGGUCUUAGCAAAGGGUGUUGGCUUAGGGGGAUUCGAGGGACGUGCAGAGGAACAACAGCAGCUCAGUCCCAAGUACGAAGCGCAAAGCCUCCUUAAGGCGCGGGGCAGGCGGUGGGCACCCACCAGGCUCAGGCAGCUGAAGUCAGGGUUCUCUCCUGUUGUAACAAAUCCCAAGGCAGGGACAAGUUUUCCUGAGACAUAUGCAAGCUCUCUGCCAUGUCACAUCAGGCAGCUCUGUACCCUCAGCUGAAAAUGCCUUCCUGAGCUCAUUUUUUAGUGGUCACACACGGUCCCCAGCAUCUGUAUCAAGAAGAUGUAUUUUGAUGCUAAUUCAUGUCAGGGCUCUGCAGGUCCCACUCCCUGGAAUUUCUGCUUUCUGCUCUGCUUCUGCCUUCUGUAAUCACUAAUCAGUAACAUUUGUCCUCCCCUUAAUUUGCUCUGUAGUCAAGUAUUAUAAGCAAAGAUUGCAUCUACAAAGUUGGGGUACUUUUGGGUUUCGUACCCAAAAAAUCUUUUGGAUUUGGAUUUCCAUGCCUUUAUCCAAGCAAACAACUGAAAGGCUCAUCUAAACUUCAUUGAGGGUGGCUGGGGAUUUCUUUCUUCUUUUUUUUAAGAAGAUAUGGGUAAUGCAUAUUUCAUGUGUUACCAUAAUGCUUUCCCUCUCCACAAACCCAUCUUCACAAUACAGCUUAGCCAUUAAGGCCUGCUUACAGUGAGUGACUGCAGAGACAGCAUGGAUCUGAGACCCACCAAAGCUCACAAAUGACUCCCUGCUUCACUGGGUUCACCAAGGUAUUCCUGCCUGUAAUGGGCAUCUGAGAGCCAGUCAAAUGCGAGUGAGAGCCCAGCCUGAAGCAGGAGAACAAUCUGCAGAGGGUGAUUUGAAUUCUGUCAGCUGUAUUAGGACAGUCAGCAGGGCUGACCUCAAGUUACAGGACAUACAGAGAGUGACACUGAUUGAGGCAGCCCUCUGCACUAAGAGCCCUGAUUAUCCUGGAAAUGAAACAUUUGAGAAAGGUAGGUUUUUAACCCCAUUUCACUCUCUGUGGCCAUGUAAAGAGAACUCCGCUUUUAAAUGUCCCAAAACUAACUGAAGAAGGAUUUAUUCUUACUGCAGUGUGGGAUAUCUCUUUCACUAAAACUAUGACAAGAGGACGCCUUUGCAUAUCUGUCCUCUCUGAGGCUGGCUGGAAGCGUCACUGCUGGAUGGAUGCAGAGCAAUGUGGAGCCACCCUCACUUCUUUUUCUGGGACAUUUUCUUCCAGCUCCACAGCUGCCAGUGCUGGCACAGGGAGGGCAGGGGAAGCUGAUGGCCCAGAUCCAUAAUGUGCCCAAGUCAACCAAGCCCUGGAGCUAUCGCUGUCUUAUUGAAUAUACCGGUCACUAGGGAUUUGGUGGGAUAGUUUAGGGAACAAUCACAAUGCAAAAAUAGAAAACAGACAUUUACACUUUCCCUUCCACCUUGCAAAUCCAAGCAGGCAAGCAGCACGUCACAAGGGGAACCGAGGGGAGCUGAUGGAAAAGUGAAAGCCUCCUGUCCUGUUUCACUGCUCAAGCCUGCAGAUGUGCUGAGAAACAGUGAAACAGUACAGAAAACAAACCACCAUAAAUCAGGCAGUCUAAAUGCUUUGGGGUUUCUUGAUCCAAGGUGUUGUUAGGUCAGGAACAUGAAAAAGAGUGUAUUUGUAUGGGCUUCUCCCUGCUGGUCUGAGUUUCCCAAACACCAGAGUGCUGCAACAGAUGGGGACACAGGCAGCCAGGCUUUUUGCUGAUAGACUUUGCUGUCACCACAGGAAUUAGAUUUUGUAAGCUAUCAUCUGGGCUGGGAGGUGGGGAAGGGCAGUUUAUAGGCUGUACUCAUGUAUCUAUAUAUAUUCUGUUAAGGCUACUGUUUUCAGAUUCAGCAUUUUUCCUUAUACAUAAAAGGAAAUGCUAGGAUCUCAGCUUGCAAAAUUCUGCACUUCUGGGUUAACAGGAGUGGCAUUUCCACUGUAUUUCUAAUAAAACUUUUGUCACUCACUCCA